AUGGCGAUCCGUUCUAUAUGUCGAUGUCUGUUGAUCUCAUACCAUUUAAAAAAUCCAAGAUUUUUGGUUGCCCAGGCUCGUCCGUUUGCCAGUUCUUUGGCUGCAGAGAAUUACUGGAAUCUCUUGCAAAGUAAUACUCCUGGGUUGAACUUAGAGCGGAGCCUAGUUAAAAUUAGAGCAAAAUUGGAUUCUUCAUGCGUGGAAGAUGUCUUACGGAGAUGUUCAGUGGAUCAUCCUACCUUGGGCCUUAGGUUCUUUGUCUGGGCUGGUCUUCAAUCGGAUUACAGACACAGCUCAUUCAUGUAUAGGAAAGCUUGUGAAUUGUUCGAGAUCCAUGGUAGGUCGCAAAGCCUAUAUGAUGUACUAGAGUGUUAUAGAAAGGAAGGUUCCUUUGUUUCUGUUAAGUUAUUUAAAGUAAUUUUGAAUCUCUGUAGAGAGGCUAAUAUUGCAGAGGAGGCUUUAAGGGUAUUGAGGAAGAUGGGGGAGUUCAAUUGCCGUCCCGAUACUGCUUGCUAUAAUAUUGUCAUACGGCUCUUCUGUGAAAAGUGUGACAUGGAUGUUGCAAUGGAACUAAUGAAUGAGAUGGCUUUUGUUGAUAUUUAUCCAGAUAUGGUCACAUAUGUUGAGAUGAUCAAGGGGUUCUGUAGUGCACAACGGGUGGAGGAUGCCUGUGGUCUGUUCAGGGUAAUGCGUGGUCAUGGCUGUUUUCCAAAUGUCGUGGCUUAUUCUGCAUUGCUUGAUGGCAUUUGUAAAAUUGGAAACCUGGAGAGAACAUUUGAGUUAUUGGAGGAGAUGGAAAAGGUCGGCGGUGAUUGCUUGCCAAAUGUUGUCACUUACACAUCUGUAAUUCAGAGUUUUUGUCAGAAUGGUAGGUCAAUUGAGGCAAUGGGGGUUAUAGAUCGAAUGAAAACCCAUGGCUGUUAUCCAAAUCGCAUUACACUCAGUAUAUUGGUUACAGGACUUUGCAAAGGAGGCCAUAUAGAAGAGGCUUAUAAGCUGAUUGAUAAAAUUAUUGCGGAAGGUGGUGUUUCUUGUGACACAGGCUAUAGUUCUCUUGUGGUGUCUUUGUUGCGGAUUAAAAAUAUAGUGGAAGCAGAGAAGGUGUUUAGGAGGAUGUUAGCAAGUGGGUUGAAGCCUGAUGGAUUGGCAUGCAACUCUUUGAUGAAGGAACUAUGUUUGUUGGGGCGGUCCUUGGAUUGUUUUGGUUUCCAUCAGGAAAUGGAAAAGAAAGAUUACUUAUCUCCUCUUGAUUCUGAUACUUAUUCCAUCCUUUUAAUGGGUCUUUGUCGAGAAGGUCAUUUGGUGGAAGCUACAGAGUUGGUUGGUGCAAUGGUGGAGAAGAAGGUCCAAUUAAAGGGCCCCUAUAUUGGUGAUAUAGUUGAACUCCUUAAGAAAUCUGGACAAAGGGAGCUAGCUUUACAUGUUGCAAGCAUCCGAGGGUAA